UGUUCUUAAAUGAAGCAGGUUUCAACUUUGUGAAGAAAUGUAUUCAUGCUGUAGAAACAAGAGGUAUUACAAUCCUGGGGCUGUACAGAAUAGGUGGUGUAAACUCCAAGGUGCAAAAGCUGAUGAAUACCAUAUUUUCCCCUAAAUCUCCUCCUGAUAUGGAUAUUGAUAUGGAACUUUGGGACAAUAAAACAAUAACAAGCGGACUAAAAAACUACCUCAGGUGUUUGUCAGAACCACUGAUGACUUUCAAGCUGCACAAAGAUUUCAUUGUUGCUGUUAAGUCAGAUGAUCAGAACUACAGAGUUGAGGCAGUGCAUGCGCUUGUGCAUAAGUUACCAGAGAAGAACAGAGAGAUGCUGGACAUCCUUAUCAAGCACUUGGUCAAGGUAUCAUUACACAGUCAGCAAAAUCUAAUGACUGUGUCCAACCUUGGUGUUAUCUUUGGACCAACUCUGAUGAGAGCCCAGGAAGAAACCGUGGCUGCUAUGAUGAACAUUAAGUUUCAGAAUAUCGUCGUUGAAAUUCUGAUAGAGCAUUAUGAAAAGAUAUUUCACACUGCACCAGACCCCAAUAUUCCUCUUCCCCAACCUCAGUCCCGAUCAGGUUCAAGAAGGACAAGAGCAAUUUGUCUCUCCACAGGUUCACGUAAACCCAAGGGAAGAUAUACACCGUGUCUAGCGGAUCCUGACAGUGACUCGUACAGCAGUAGCCCAGACAGCACUCCCAUGGGCAGCAUCGAAUCUCUCUCUUCCCACUCCUCGGAGCAGAACAGCACCACCAAAUGCGCACCCUCGCAGCCCAGGGAGAAAUCAGGAGGGAUUCCAUGGAUUGCCUCUCCCCCUUCUUCAAACGGCCAGAAGAGUUCAGGCCUCUGGACUACAAGUCCAGAAUCCUCGUCAAAGGAGGAUGCAACCAAAACAGAUGUGGAGUCAGACUGCCAAAGUGUAGCUUCUGUCACUGGACCAGAGAAUGCCUCUCCACCAACAGACCUGACCAAAAAGAGUUCUUACAGUCUGUCUGGGCUGAAAAGGUCUUCAGCAUCUUCCCUUAGAUCAAUUCCGUCAGCUGAAGGUAACAAAAGCUGCAGUGGAUCUAUACAGAGCUUAUCUUCAACAGAUACCAAAGAUACACCAAAGGCUCCACCAAACCCUGAUUUGCCUCCCAAAAUGUGCAGGAGAUUAAGAUUAGAUACUGCAUCAAGUAAUGGCUAUCAAAGACCAGGAUCUGUAGUGGCUGCAAGAGCGCAAAUGUUUGAAAGUGCUGGUUCACUUAAACAAGUUUCUUCAGGACGACAAGCAAAAGCCAUGUACUCCUGUAAGGCUGAGCAUAGUCAUGAACUGUCUUUCCCACAGGGGGCAAUAUUUUCCAAUGUGUAUCCAUCAGUGGAACCAGGCUGGUUAAAAGCAACUUAUGAAGGCAAAACGGGACUCGUUCCUGAGAAUUAUGUUGUCUUCCUGUAGUAAUCUUUAGUGGACAGCAAUAUCUUCAUGGUAUCCAUGGUAACAAAUAAUAAGCACUAUGAUUUUUAUCUGACACAGAUAUGGGAUCAGCCCGUUAGCUGAGUGGUAGAUUUCCUUCAGAUACUGCAGCUGCAGGUUACAUAGCUCCCUAUCAACAGAACAGAAUGUAAUGAAACAGUUAACAGUUUCUGUCCUGAAGACGGUACUCUGUUUAAAUAACUUCCAUUGUUUGCAAAAGGUUGUUCUGUUCUUCUUUUAUGGGUGAGGAACACUAGAGCAAUAAAAUCAAAAAAGUUGCUAUUUAGCUGCAGACUUUCAGGUCCUAGAUGUUGGUCACAGAAGCGUGAAAUUUAGAGGCAAUGCACUUGAUGACAUUUCUUGCAAUCUAUGUUUUUUAAGAUGGAAAAUUGUAUUUUUUUCAUAAUGCAAGUAAUGCUUCUAUUGUGAUCUGAAUUCUCCCUUAGAAAACUUGAUUCUACAAUUAGUCCUAAUCAUUUCAA